AUGAAACCAGUCAUUUGUCUUUCCAUUCUCCUUGCUGCGGGCUUUGAUGUCGCAGCUGCACGCCCAGCAAACCUUCAUAUCAGGCGGAACCAUAACUCCGGCAUAGAGAAGCGCUCUGCGGUCUGGAACGCGAAACUUGGCCGACGUGAGGUGCCGCAAGAACACUCGCACGAGAAAUUCCUCACGACUGUCGACCAGUUCCUAAAUAUGGACAAUCCGGACGGUAUUGUGGAUGCCGUAUUUGGUCUCCUUGGCAAUGCGGCUGCUGCUGGUGGGCAGGGUGAUAUCUCCAAUACGGAUUGUCUUCAACAAGCUACUGCCGAUAGAGCCUUCACCAAUGCCAAGGCUGCUGGAGAUGUUGACGGUAUGACAGCUGCGUUGAUCUACAGAGCUCUUGAACGCAACACCGGAGCUGUCGGGCAGGCAUCUGUUCCUUGUACUGCAAUCCAAGCUGUAAACCCGGAAAUUGCAGCUAUUUCCCAACACCAAGAUCCAGCCUCUGCCAACGCUGCCACUGUCAACAAAGACAUUAUUCUGGCACUCGCUGUUCAAAUUGCCAACAUUGGCGGCAAUCCUCUGGAUGCUCUGCAAUCCGGCACUUUUGCUCCCGGUACGAUCGGUGACCCGACUGCCAAGGGAAACAGUUGUGAUGAUCAAAACGACCCAGUCGGCUGUAUCUUCACCCAGAACCUGCUUGUUGAAGACGCCACGGAAGACGAGGUCAAUGCUGCUGUCGCUGCCUCGGCCACUACUUCUGGCGGAGCGGCUGCAGCUACAGAUACGUCCAGUGUUACUGCCACCACUACCGAAUCGGCCGUGGCGACAGAAUGCACUGUCCCCCCUGCUGCAGCAGAGACUACCGUGUCAGCCUCCACUACAGUAGCUGCUGUGGCCGCCACUACGACAUCCUCUGCGGCGGCUGCAACUUCCACUAUAACCACAGGAUCUUCCGAUCUGGAUUUUGGUUCCUGUCCCGACCCGACCAUUAUCUUUGCCAACGGUCUGGACGGGCGCACUGAGCCAGCCUUCGAACCUCACGACGAAACGAACUUACCCCAUGGCUCCGCACAAAACAUCCAGGUCAUCACGGACUUCAUUUGUCAGCAACUCGGGCCCAGGUGCCAUGCGUCUCAAGCAGCCACAGACGCAUGCAAUCAGGCGGCCGCCGCGGCACAGGCGCAAACGGGCCAGGCGGCUGCCGACGCCUUCAAUCAGGCCCUUGGCUUUUAG